AUGGCUGCCCUGGAAAAGCGCCCUGAAAUUAUUGAGCUUUCGCGCACUCUGCGCGGGGUACCACAAUGCGAAGAUUAUGAGCGCAUGAUCUCGGGGAUGAUGUACAAUCCUACAAUUCCAAAGCUAUUGGAAGCCCGUCACCAAUGUCGCGGUCUGACAGCCGACUACAAUAAUCUGGACACCAAGACAGUACCUUAUGAUCAAAUAGCCGACAAGCGACUGGAGCUGCUACGCAAAUUGGUUGGCAGAGUUGGAGAUGGUACCUUCGUCGAGCCACCAUUCCUCCCUGAUUACGGGUGCAACAUAUCCAUCGGGCGGGAUUGUUUUAUCAAUUGGAAUGUCACGAUUCUGGAUACCAGUCUAGUCUUCAUUGGUGAUCGCGUCCAGAUUGCGACUGGAGUCGGCAUUUUCACAGCGGGCCAUGAUACCAGCGUUCUGUCCAGACAGAAAAAUGUUGAGUUUGGCCACCCUGUCUUCAUUGAAGAUGAUUGCUGGAUUGGUGGGAACGUAGUGAUUCUUCCUGGUGUUCGGAUUGGCAAGGGCUGUACUAUUGGGGCAGGAUCUAUUGUCACCAAAGAUAUUCCGCCUUAUUCCGUUGCCGUGGGCAGUCCAUGCCGUGUCGUAAAGACUAUUCCGUCACCUGAAGAGGAGGAGCAGGAUCCGAAUAACCCCUAUCGGGACCUGGUUCAUCAAGGAUAUUGA